AUGCGCCCCCACGCAUUAAUCUUGGUGCGGUACGCGCCUGACGUGUCUAUAAAUCCAAUUAUUGUCACGUCACCGUGCCUAUUUUACCUGAGCUAUAACGCGCGCUAUGGCAGCGGCGGCUGGGCACUGGCGAGACUGGUUGUGCAACGGAUUUGCACAACCAACCGUGAGUCACCCACGGAGCUUUAUUCCAUCCCGCAGUACAUUGCUAAACGCUCAUUAUCGCACCGCGGCCAAGUAAACGGGCACACGCACAUGAAAGCAAUGGAAACACACGCCUUCCGA